GCGGCAGCACACUCAGUCCCGCGCGGCGCCCAAGCCAGAGAGCCCCCAUGGAGCCCAGCGUCGACCCCAAGGAGCGGAAGAAGAUCCAGUUCGCGGUGCCUGCGCCCCCCAGCCAGCUGGACCCCAGGGCCGUGGAGAUGAUCCGUCGGCGAAGACCAACACCAGCCUUGCUGUUCCAGCUUUCAGAAACUUCAUCGCCUGAAGAUGAAGCAACCCCAUACCAGAGAGCUUUGGGUGAAGGCUACCACCUUAAAAACAAAAGAAACUCCCCGUGUGUCUACACACCUCCUUCUCUUAAAGCUGUGCAGCGCCUAGCACAAAGCCAUUUGGAAUCCAAUAGUUCCUGGAUGGAUGAAGACUAUGCUGAAGAUGCUGAGGAAGAUGAAGAAGACGAAGAGGAGGAGGAGGAGGAAGAGGAGGAAGCUCAGGAUUCAGAUGACACCGUGAGGGAGAUGCCUGGCCUGUGUAAGCCUAGAGUAUCCCCAGGACAGAAACAGCAGGGUUCAGGUUCCAAGACAGCAUUGCUAAGGCAAUGCACCGUUUUGGAGAAUAAGCCCAAAGAACCUGAGCACCCUGUCUAUCCAGCUCUCUCCAAAUCACAGAAACGGAAAGGUAAAUGUGGACAGAAAGUGUCCUUCGCUGGAUCUGUAGAGGAGGUUCCCACUGAAUCAGAGAAACCAGAAGGGGCUGAAGGAGGAGAAGCCCCAGACCAGCAGAACCAGGACACGGAGGUGGAACAGGGAAAGGAAGACCCACCUCUAACAGAUCAUGCCAUGGAGCUGAGUCGCUCCAGCUGGGAAGAGAGACCUCCCUGUGCUCUUAACCUGGAAAACCGUUCCUCCCCACCUCCAAUUCGCACAACCACCUAACGUAGGAGGUGAAGGGUUGAGUUGGGAGCUGUCCUGUCGACAGAGAACUCUCAUUUUUCACCAAGACAAAUGGGAUUAUUUCCUUUAACAACUAUUUUCUCUUUUCUGUUCCAAUUUGAUCUUUCAUUUGGCAGUGUUUGGUUUGUGUUCAGUGAAUUAUUUAAUACAGAGAAAGAGUGAAUGGAAAGCUGUUUGGCACAGAAGCUAGGAAUAAAACUUCCACGUUCAGGUGAAGGAUAUCCCAGGUGUCCAGAUGCUGGUGACAAGUGACAUAGUAUGGCUAUCUCUCUUGUUCCUUGUUUGUGAGAUUCCCAGGGGAGGCAAGGACAUCGGGCUAUCUGAAAUGCAGUGCUGGCCUAAAUGCUCAUUUGAUGUGAUCCAGCAUGGCAAUUUUUAGAUUUUCAUAACUCUGCUCAUCCACUUAGAUCUGAAAUUCUGUAACUAUGUUCUGUGAGACCAGUGGAAAUGGUUUUAUUAAAGGGAUUCAGGUAACUGGGGUGCUUCCAGACAGAUGGCUACCAGACGAAAGACAGCUAUUCUGUCUUUCCCUCCUUAAUAGCUUUUGGGUGCUUCCAGACAGAGGAUUCCUAGCACUAGCUAUCAGAAGGCAUUGUGCAGCUGUUCUGUCUUUUUCUCAUUAACGGUUUUUGCAUGUUAAGGGAAAUGACGGAAGUAGUAGUAAGAAAACAUGGGAGGGUUAUGAGUAGAAGAUGCCAUCUGGACCUCUAUAAAUGUCCGUGAAUGAGGUAGGCCAAUAGUGCCAUAAAUGUUGCAUCUGGAAGUAGCCUUUUUUGUUAAGAAAAAAAAUGGAAGAAGUGGUAGGAAAGCAGAAAUGGAAUGCAAAGGUAUCUAGACCACCUCCAAAAUUCCAUGAAUGAGGCAGAGUGAUUGCACAGUAAAAACCUUAUUUGGAAGCGCACCUGAUCUGAGGAUAUUGCCAUUAUAGAUUUUUGGUAGUCACAUUAGAAAACAUGCAAGUGUCCCAGUAACUAGCAACUGGAGCUGGGUUCAGAUUGAUAACCUAGAGGGAAGAACUCUAAUUGGUCCACUUCUAACGUCUCUCACCAUUCAUCUCUCUGAAACCCACAAAUCAAGAUCCAACAAGUUUGUAUAGUCGAAGCUGCUCUUUCGCUUUCUUUGCCCUUUGACCCCAUUCCAUCACUCUCUCUGUGUGUGUAUUGGGCAACGCCUUUCCAUUUGCCUCUCUGCUCUAUUAAAGCUUUGUAAAUAAAUGAGAUGUUUAAAGAAUGUUUUAUGGAGAAAGGAGCAGCCUCCAGCUUGAGGUAAGCAAGCUUCUAUUUACUGCGUCAGCCAAGAAUUACAGAAGCAAAGGUUUCCAUAACUCUGCAGGGUUUAUUUAUUUAUUUGCAAAUUAUCUGUAACUGCAUGCAGUGACAGUGGGUGUUACAGAGCAUAGGACGCCGUCUGUGGAGUAGUUGUCCUUGUCUAAACCAAAGCUGACAUUUCACAAAAGCCAUUUUCUGAAGAAGUAAACAAGCUGAGUUUUUUCUUUUUCCCAUCACUCUAAAAAAGAAGGCCACUUCGCAGGAUUUUCUCUGAAUAUUCUCCAUUUUUUGUGAUGACUGCCAUUGUCUCCCCACAAUGACACAAGAAUUGUGGCACUGUGGAGGAUUUACAAGAGUGGCUAGGCUGCCAACGUAGUUGUGGCUGCUGCAACAGCAUCAAUAACAGCAACCUUAGGGGGAAAAGAGAUUAGCUGUGCUACUGCUAAUGGUGAAGCUCCCCAUGAGAAACUAUUGGGAAACCAUUCCUUCCCCUGAAGAAAUUCAUUGGCAUGGUGCCCUCCAGGUUCUUUGCUCGCAAAUAAGGUGGAGAAUUUUGAGAGGCCGUUGGUGCACAGUUCUACAACCUGCAUCUUCAUUAAAACUUUAAUUCUGGCUCCCAAAAGGCAGCCCAACUAAACCAGUUCCCAAAUGUUCAAGUCCAAGUUUUGGCAAGUUUCCAUGGAAAAGAAAUUUAACCCUUGAUCAAUAGCAUUUGGUAAGGCUGGUCAGGUCAGUUACAACUGCCUUCCCCAGUUUGCAUAACAGAACCUUUUAUACAUACUGCUUGAAACAUUAAUUGAAAAGAUAAGAAAUGUAGGCUGCCUCCACACUCUUCUCUCCUAUACCUAUUUUGUA